UCAGUUGUGAACAGAGAGAGAAUUCAGUGUCACUGAGCUGCGGGCUGCACGGGAGACAGAGAAACUUCCCGGGGCUCAGGUUGGCAUGCAUGGGCAUCUCAGGAAGUGCAGGGGCAGCCUGGCAUACAUGGGCAUCUCAGGCAUAGGACAGUAGCUGUAUAGGGUAAUGCACUGAGAGAUGGAGGGGAUCUGUGCAUAAUCCACACAUCACUUCCAUUCAUCUCUGACAGCAGAGGAGGGUGAGAAUAAUACCUGUGGAGGACCGCCACAGCCUUAACAUGAGAGGCUUGUACUCCUAAUCCCCCCUGUGCUGAGCUAGAGUCCUCUGCGUGCCACCCUGGGCAGCGCCAUAUUUUGUCACAUUUGGGAAUGGGGUCAUUGGUCCAUCUUUUGUUUGUGUGGCAUGUAUUUUCCGGUGCCCAUAGCUUGGUGCCUUUGUCAGAUUUCUACCCAUUUGGUCCACAAGAAGGAGACUCGGUGACCCGCAGGCAGGAUGACGGCGGAUCUGGACUACUACCCAUCUCCAGAGCCUUCACCUUCUUCGGGGACAAGCACAGCAGCCUUUACGUAAAUAAUAAUGGGGUUGUGUCCUUCCUUCGUGAGGUGUCCCAGUUUACUCCUGUGGCAUUUCCUAUUUCUGGCGACCGGAGAGUUGUGGCAGCAUAUUGGGCUGAUGUGGAUAACCGCAGAGGAGGGGAUGUAUUCUAUCGGGAGACUGAGGACCCCAGAAUCCUGAGACGUGCCAACCAUGAUGUACACACCUACUUUCCUGAGUUACAGAACUUCAGUGCCACCUGGGUCUUCAUUGCCACUUGGCACAGAGUCACUUUCUAUGGCGGAGAUGCCAGUUCACCGGUAAACACCUUCCAGAUUGUCUUGAUUACAGAUGGACUUCGAUCCUUCACCAUCUUCAAUUAUGAGAUCAUCCAGUGGACCACCGGUCGACAUGCAAGCAGCGGAGGUGACAGCUUGGGUCGAGGUGGCAUUGCUGCGCAGGCAGGCUUCAAUGCAGGAGAUGGCUGGAGGUAUUUUAAUAUUCCCGGCUCUCGCACGGAUGACAUUGCAGAGAUUGCAAACACCACUAAUGUAGGAAUACCUGGACGUUGGGUUUUUCGAAUUGACAACAACCAUGUGCAGGUCGGGGGAUGCAGCAACGCAACCUCUGUUUGCUGGACCCUGCGCCCCUGCCGCAAUGGUGGCAGAUGUAUUGAUGACUGUGUCACUGGGAACCCUUCUUACACAUGUUCCUGUCUUAGUGGCUUCACCGGGAAACACUGUCAUAUCGAUAUGGGAAGAUGCUUCUCUCAGCCAUGUCAGAAUGGUGGCACCUGUGUGGAUAGACCCAGAUCUUUCUCCUGUAUAUGUCCGACAGACUUUACUGGACCAUUGUGCGAGACAGAGGUAUCGCCCUGCACUGGCAAGGAAUGUAGGAAUGGAGGAGACUGCCAUGUUUACAAUGGGAUUGCAGUGUGCCAAUGUCACCCAAGAUAUACAGGCGACCAGUGUGAGACAGAGAUAAGACCCUGCUCAUCUACUCCUUGUCUAAAUGGAGGAAUCUGUGAAGAUUUUGGGACAACAUACCGCUGUCUAUGCAGUUCGGGAUUCACAGGGGCAGACUGUGAAAGAGAGAUCAGACCGUGCUUUUCAGCUCCAUGUAUGAAUGGGGCAACAUGUGAAGAUCUGGGUGACACCUACUCUUGUCUCUGUACACGGGGAUUUACUGGUUUGAACUGCGAGACAGAGCUUAAGCCCUGUUUUUCCUCUCCGUGUCUAAAUGGUGGCCUCUGUGAAGAUGUGGGUUCUAGUUUCAGAUGCUUGUGUCUGCAGAGAUUCACUGGAAGAAGAUGUGAGACGGAGCUCACCCCAUGUUCUUCAUCUCCUUGUCUCAACGGAGGACUGUGUGAGGAUGUGGCUGAUACAUACAGAUGUGAGUGCUCGCAGAGGUUUACUGGGAGACACUGCGAAGCUGAGAUCAGGCCAUGCUUCUCUGAUCCGUGUCUCAAUGGCGGUACCUGUGAAGAUGAUGGAGACCACUACAUCUGUUUGUGCAGGCAGGGCUUUAUCGGAGCACACUGUGAGACAGAGAUCCGACCGUGUUGGUCAUCUCCAUGCCUUAAUGGAGGAAUCUGCAAAGACUUGGUUGACGGUUAUAGCUGCAUUUGUACAGGGGGCUUUACUGGUGACAGAUGUGAAACAGAGAUCUGGCCCUGUUCUUCUUCUCCUUGCCUAAAUAGAGGAUUAUGUAAGGAUCUUGGUGCUGAGUACAGUUGUUUCUGUCCAAGAGGAUUCACCGGAGCGCGUUGUGAAGCAGAGCUUAGACCCUGCUCAUCAUUUCCAUGUCUUAAUGGUGGCAUCUGUGAGGAUACAGCUGAAGGAUACAUCUGUGUGUGUAAUCAAGGAUACACUGGAAAUAACUGCCAGACAGAAAUCAGGCCUUGUUCUUCAUCUCCUUGCCUAAAUGGGGGUGUGUGCAGAGACGUGGGAAGCACUUAUAUGUGUGUUUGUGCGCAAGGAUUCACUGGGAUGCACUGUGAAAAUGAAGUCAGACCUUGUUCCUCCUCUCCAUGUCUGAAUGGUGGAAUGUGCAAAGAUCAAGUUGAUGGCUACAGCUGUGUGUGUACAUGGGGAUUCACCGGGAAACACUGCGAGACUGAGUUCAGGCCUUGCUUGUCCUCACCUUGUGUCAAUGGUGGUACCUGCGAGGACAUGGGCGAUGGUUACGUCUGUUUGUGCAACACCGAAUUUACUGGAGUACAUUGUGAGACAGAGAUCUUGGAUCUUCCAGGACCAUGCUUCUCCUCUCCAUGUCAGAACGAUGGCGUAUGCAGAGAAUCAGAGGAUGCGUAUUUGUGUGAUUGUCCUGCAGCGUAUACUGGGAUCCACUGUGAGAACCAUUUGUCCGAUGGCUGUGCCUGUAGGAAUGGGGGACGCUGUGCUGAUGGAAACAACACCUGUCAUUGCCUUCCGGGGUUCUUUGGACUUCAUUGUGAAUAUGAGGUCACGUCUCUGCCCUGCAGUAUGGGCUCUAAGUGCCCAGAUGGAGGCUCCUGCAUGGAAUAUGGGGGCAGCUACCGGUGUGUGUGUCACACGGACUAUAUCAUCAGCAACCACUCACUGCCCUCUCCCUGUGACUCGGAUCCCUGCUUGAAUGGAGGAAGAUGUGAAUCUCAGGAUGAUACCUAUUCCUGUGUGUGUCCCCGAGGAUUCAUUGGAAAAAUGUGUGAAAGGGUAAAGCCGGCCCUGUGUAGUCUAUUACCAUGUCGAAAUGGAGGAACAUGUAAGGAGUCGAAUGAUGAUUAUUACUGCAUGUGCCCUUAUCCCUUCACUGGAAAGCACUGUGAGACGGGAAUGAGAGGCCCUUGCUCAUCUGGUCCAUGUCACAAUGGAGGCACUUGUUUUCACUAUCUCGGCAAAUACAAAUGUGAUUGUCUACCACACUUCUCUGGCCGACACUGUGAGAAAGCUGAAUUGGACUGUGGACCUCCAGAACAUGUGAAAUAUGCCAAAGUAAUUGUAACAUCAACAUGGCCUGGUGGAAAAGCUGAAUACCAUUGUAACGAAGGGUACAUGUUGAGCGGCCCAAACAAUACCUGCAUAUGCAGCGAGGAUGGCAUGUGGAGUGAAGCUCCACAGUGUGAGGAAAUUGAUGAGUGUCAGUCACAGCCAUGCCAAAAUGGUGCCGUGUGCAAGGACCGUGUGUCCCACUUCUUAUGUGAUUGUCAAGAAGGAUACAGUGGAAAACAUUGUGAAUUCGACAUAAAUGAAUGCUCCUCCGAUCCAUGUAAAAAUGAAGGAACUUGCCAGAAUUUACAUGGGGCCUACCUUUGUACCUGCCCCGAAGGCUUUGUUGGCACCCACUGUGAAACUGAGUUGGAUGGUUGUCAGUCUUCUCCUUGUCAGAAUGGAGGCAAGUGCGAGAAUCUGGCAGGUUCUUACCUGUGUGUGUGCCCUAGAGGUUUCUAUGGCUAUCACUGCCAGACCGUAAGUGACCUGUGCUUGCUGAACCCAUGUGGCAGCCGUGGAGUCUGUAUGUCCAGUGCAGAGGGUGCAGUCAGCUGUAAUUGCCGAACUGGCUACACUGGUAUCACUUGUGAAAGAGAUCUGCUGCCUCCUCUGUCUUUGUCGCUGGGUGCUGUGGGAGAAAACAGUGUAUGGGUCUUUUGGACACCUCCUGAGGAAGUGCCAGGACAUUUAUCGGAUGGUUUUGCUGUGAGCUACACAGCUCCAGAUGGCUCCUCAAGAACAGACUUUGUGGAGAGAGGUCAAACAGAGCAUGAGUUGCGGGGCCUCAGCCCAGGGCGCCCUUAUAACAUCACGAUUGUCAGUGUGAAACGCAACCUACGCCACAAUGAUAUAAGCCGCUCACUUACGCUCUCUGCCCGCACAAGACCACCAACAGUGGACAGACCACGAGUCAGUUCUGUGACGGAGUCUUCCAUUACCGUUUCUUGGUCACUCAACCCACACAGACACUUGCCAGUGGCGCAUGUCAGACUGGCCUUGCAGCACCCAAAUGAAAGGAUUCAGCAAGCAGAGCAAGAGCCCUCAGCAGGAGAAUAUACAUUUAGAGAUUUACAGCCUGGUGAAAAAUAUUCCAUUCAAAUCAGUACUUUGAGCAGUUCUGACCCUGGGAACCCAUCUUCAGAGAGCCUGCCCAGUGUACCCCUGAUAACUUGGACACGUCCACUUCCUCCCAGUAACUUCUCAGCAGUACUGGUCACUACAAGCACUGUGCACUUAAAUUGGGAUCUACCCCCUGACAGCUCUGUGGAUGGAUACAUAUUUAACGUAACACACAACCACAGCACCAAGAGUCGAUACAUACCUAAUGGGAAGAUGACAUCAUAUACUGUGAGAGACCUACAGCCCGGUCAGAGAUACCGGAUUACUGUGACUGCCCUGCGUAAUAGUCCUCAAGGUCCUGUGAAUAGUGACCCAAAGACUCUAAGGAUACAGACAUUGCAGAGGGAGGGAGCACCAGAGCCCAGAUGGACAUCUCCUAGGAUUUUAAGGAACAGACCUCCACCACAGACUCCACCAGAAAUACGCAUGCUAACAGAGAGGGGUCCUCCUCCAGCUGAGACUCCACAAGCCCACAGGUUUACAGAGCUGACAGAUGGGCGAAGACGUAUCACUGCUCGAUUUAGUCAUCAUACCAACAGGUCCAUCAACAUCACUAAAGAACCUGAAGCUCCUAUCAGAGUGGAAAAUACUGACGAGUCCUCCAUCCCCAUAAGACAAGCACUGCAACUGCAAGACCCUGAGCAAAGCAACAGAGAUGGUACCCGUGGAGGCUGCUUGGAAACACCAUGCAAUAAUGGAGGAACCUGUGUGAAUGGAGAAAUCUGUGACUGCCCACCAGGAUUCAAAGGGCAGCAGUGCCAGUUAGCCUGCAGAAAAGAAUCCUUUGCCUGCACCAGACUCUACUCGGAAACGCUGUCACAUCCUGUGUGGGAGGGAGGAGUAUGCCACCACCUGUACAGGCGGGUGUAUAAGAUACAACAUGAUGUAUGCUCCAGAGAGAUCUGUGAAGGCACUGCCAGAGGCCGACCAAAAAAGAAAGUCCCAAGCAAACCUUGAAGAUCACAUCAGAUACAGAUACACUAGCCUAGCCACUGCUUGGGGAUGAAUUCAUACAUCGCAUGGCCCCACGUGAGGCACUGAGCUUGUCUGCCCCUCUCCCCAACUUCAUGGGACCCUGCAACUUCUCUUAGUAUGCAAAGGCACAGCUGGCACCGGCCAUGAAACGCCGUCACCAAGUGACUAGAGGAAGAACUCUCCUUGGCCAUGUCUGCUGGGGUCCAUUUGGGUGGCAUUCACUUUUCUCUUCAGCCAAAGAUCUGCAAGACCAUUACUCCUUCUGCCUCCAGGCCUGGUGACAUGUGUAUGGUCAGACAGGCAGAGUGCAGAAUUGCUGCCUCUGCUACCAAUCUCAAAGAAAUCACUCAGAUCAUCUCUUUUCACACUCAGUGACUCCAACUGGCCCAGUGCUGGCCCCAAUAUUGGAAUAUGUAGCACAAGACUCCCCAUAACCAUGUCCGUUUAAUUCGCUCCAAUGCUGGAAUGACCUGCAGGUUGUUACUCUCUUGUGCUCCUAUGACCUGGCACAGGCAAAAUGGAUUAGUACUUGGGAGAAACCUCUCUACUUUGAUGACCACAGAUAAGUCUCUGCUGCUCUGUUUCAUCACUGCAUCUGCAAGUACAGUUUGACAUGGUAAAACGUCUCAAUUAUUAUGUAGCUUAGAGAUUGAUAGGACAGUACCAGACAAAUCAAGAAGCUCGUUGUGCAAUUUUUUUAUUUUAUUUUUUAUUGAGACUCUAAAGCAUUUUGUGUAUGUGGGAUGUCCCAGUUCCGUGUCACAAGGAGAUGGGUAUAGAAUUGCUUAUUCAGGAUGAUAGUGCUGUACCUGGAAAUGACCGCGUCCCACUUACGCUGUAGCAGCAGCAGGUAGUCAGAGCGUCGUGCACAUGACUUUUUACCAGCUCAGGCAGCAGCAUGUCAGGUUGGACCUCCAGGUGAGGAACCACAGCACUCAGAGCUGCACCUAAAAAGAUUGGGCUCUAACAGUGUGUGUGUGUGAGUGUGUGUCACGUUUUGCCGUCAGAUCAGACGCUUUUUUGU